CGCCACGCGCAGAGCACACGCUCGCGCUCCAGCUCGCGGACUCCGCCGUUCAUGACCGUGACCCCCCGGCCGCAGGCUCCGCCAGCCCCCGCUGCAGGCUCUCUGGCCGCACCCCGCCGCCGCCAGGGUCCUCCCCUAUCCCCAAGCGCUUUGAAGCCAGCCCGCGCCCCCUGCCCGCUAGCGGCUGCCUGGCUCGGCUGGCACCAUGCUGCCCGCGCGCGUCCGCCUGCUCACGCCCCACUUGCUGCUCGUGUUGGUGCAGCUGUGCCCGGCCGGCGGCCACCGCACCACCGGCCCCAGGUUUCUAAUAAGCGACCGUGAUCCUCAAUGCAACCUCCACUGUUCCAGGACUCAACCCAAACCCAUCUGUGCCUCUGAUGGCAGGUCCUAUGAGUCCAUGUGUGAGUACCAGAGAGCCAAGUGUCGAGACCCAGCCCUGGGAGUGGUCCAUCGAGGGAGAUGCAAAGAUGCUGGCCAGAGCAAGUGUCGCCUGGAGAGGGCUCAGGCCUUGGAACAGGCCAAGAAGCCUCAGGAGGCCGUGUUUGUCCCAGAGUGUGGUGAGGACGGCUCCUUCACACAGGUGCAGUGCCAUACUUACACGGGGUACUGCUGGUGUGUCACCCCAGAUGGGAAGCCCAUCAGUGGCUCUUCUGUGCAGAAUAAAACUCCUGUAUGUUCAGGUGCAGUCACCGACAAGCCUUUGAGCCAGGGUAAUUCAGGAAGAAAAGAUGACGGCUCUAAGCCCACCCCCACGAUGGAGACCCAGCCUGUAUUCGACGGAGAUGAAAUCACAGCUCCCACCCUAUGGAUUAAGCAUUUGGUAAUCAAAGACUCCAAAUUGAAUAACACCAAUGUAAGAAAUUCAGAGAAAGUCCACUCUUGUGACCAGGAGAGGCAGAGUGCCCUGGAAGAGGCCCGACAGAAUCCCCGUGAGGGCAUUGUGAUCCCCGAGUGCGCCCCCGGUGGGCUUUAUAAACCGGUGCAAUGUCACCAGUCCACAGGCUACUGCUGGUGUGUCCUAGUGGACACAGGGCGCCCGUUGCCUGGGACUUCCACACGCUAUGUGAUGCCAAGCUGUGAGAGUGACGCCAGAGCCAGGAGUGCAGAGGCGGAUGACCCUUUCAAGGACAGGGAGUUGCCAGGCUGUCCUGAAGGGAAGAAGAUGGAAUUUAUUACCAGCCUGCUGGAUGCCCUCACCACAGACAUGGUUCAGGCCAUUAACUCAGCAGCGCCCACUGGAGGUGGGAGGUUCUCAGAGCCAGAUCCCAGCCAUACCCUGGAGGAGCGGGUGGCACACUGGUACUUCAGUCAGCUGGAUAGCAACAACAGUGACGACAUUAACAAGCGGGAGAUGAAGCCGUUCAAGCGCUACGUCAAGAAGAAAGCCAAGCCCAAGAAAUGUGCCCGGCGUUUCACCGACUACUGUGACCUGAACAAGGACAAGGUCAUCUCACUGCCUGAGCUGAAGGGCUGCCUGGGUGUUAGUAAAGAAGGUGGUAGCCUUGGCAGCUUCCCCCAGGGAAAACGAGCAGGCACAAACCCAUUCAUUGGACGCCUCGUCUAAGGAGCAGAAAAUCCAAGGGCCAGUGGAGAGUCCAAGGAGACAGGACCAGCCAUCAGACACCUAACCUUCAGCGCUGCCCACGCCCAGCCACAGUCCAUGUAACAUAAGUGGUGCCUGCCAUGUUUGCACUUUUAAUAACUCUUACGUGUGUGUGUUUUGUUUCUGGUCUCAUUUGUAAACUCCAGUUAUCUAAUACCGCAGCGGGAACAGGAAAGGGAAGAAAAGCUGUUUGUUCUCUCUUGUAUGGUUAAGUUUUUGGAUUUGCUACUGACAACUUGUAGGUUACUGGGGAGGGGGUUUGCUAUUGGGAUCGAGAGGAAAGAGAUUUAUAUACUGUAUAUAAAUAUAUAUGUAAAUUGUAUAGUUCUUUUGUACAGGCAUUGGCGUUACUAUUUGUCUCCUCCCUGCCCCCUCCUUCCUCUGGACUCACAGUCCAGCCUCCUCAGACGGCAUCCCUAGCUCACCUGGGUUUCAAUGGAGAUGGACUCUGUGUGAGAGUAGAUGGCGGCCCUGUGCUCGUGCUGUGGACACUACCAGCUCUCUUCUGGUGGGAAGAGUGUACUGCUCCAAGUCAUUAGCUGUCAACGUCUGUCACUUGACCAUAGGUUGGGUAUGAGUGGAGCUCAGCUCAUGUGAUGGCCAGCAUGGACUCCAAAAUUCUCCAGUGGCCCACAUACUCCUACUCUUCAGAUACCCUUGGCAGUCUAGGGUAAAUACCUGAGCAAAUUAUGCUUGAAGGGGUUGAAUUGGGCUACUUCAAACAUUUCCACCCAUGUUUAGCACCUGCCCCGUGUAGGACACCGGAGCGGAUACACCAAGCAUGUGAGAAAGGGACACCCAGCAGGCCUCUCCUUCAGCAGGUGUUUGGCAUCUGACGAGAUGGUGGAGAGGACAGGCCUGCGCCAGCCCUUCUGCAAACCCACAGGAGAGGCUCCACAGGCACAUCUCCCCCAACACUAGCGUCAGACUGUGUCUUACUUCCAUGCUCUCCCUCCAUCUCUCAGCCUAAUCCUCACCCUGUUGACCAAUACUGGAGUUGGUCCUCUGAUCCCUUCAACUUUCCUCAUGGACUUCCAGACCUAUGGACCAAUUCUAGGAGUAAAAUUCAUGUGGUGUCCCUUACUUCUGCUUCCCCAGGAGAAAUAGGAGUAAUAAUCCAGCUCCAGGGGAAUCCAGGCUUUUGCACAGGGUGUUACUGGGAUUGCAGAGUGGCCAUCCAGCCUUCAGGACAGAUAAGCAGCUCCUUCUGUCUAGGUGCCGUACUGAUUCAGGUGGCCUUCGGUCAGAGCAGCAAGUGACACUUAGCAGCUGUUUCCACCGCCAGCCGUGGUGGCAGCGAGGGAGGUCAGGAGCUCAGGGCUGGUGCUUUCACUGGCUUACUCUUGGCAAUCUGGCCUUGUCUGGUAUUCCAUCUCAGUAUCCCAGAAGCGCAUCCACCUUGGUAGACCCUCUUCUAUCUUGGGUCCGGAAGGCGUUGGCCUCAUACAUGCUUCCCUGGGUGUGGGGAGCACAGCCUUCUCGGGACUUGAUUUGCUGAAGUGUUGGUGACAGAAGGUUCCUGCUAUUCUGCAAAAAGUCACACAUGUUGUCCCGUGAUGACCAGUGACCCUUUCUUGGAGCCUUGACCAAAAAAGAAAAGAAAACAAAACAAAACCCACAGUGUACUGUAGCCAGAUGGCCCUCACAGCAGACUCGGGCCCCGUUUCCCGGCCUGAAGGAAACAUGUGCACAGAGAAGCCACCUCCACGUAGGAAUCUGCCCAGCCAUCUUCUCUCACAGAUGGGCACAGGCUGUGCUGCGUGGGUUUCCCUUGGGAGGGAGGGAGCAAGGGGAAGUAUUUGUAGCUUGUUUUAUAAAAAAUAAAAAAUGAGUAAACUUUG